GACCUUACUUUGAGCUCCCCGCGUCGAUGUUGAAAUAUCCACUUGCAGAUACAACCAUUCUUUAUACCCUACAGCAUGUACUGCCCGCUCACAAAUAUCUCGUGCAUCCUCGAUUUCCUUACCCGCUUUUAAGUUUCAUUGACGAGUGGGUCUUAUCGCCGGGCCCGCUGAUCAUUCGCUUCCCGUCCGAAAAGUAGGAUAUGGAUGGACGGUCUGGAAGUCAUUUCCCGUUUGUCCGCUAGCGAGGUUUAGCGGAUGCGAAAAAUGUUUUAUUCGAAAGUAUUCAUCUGUUUACAUCGAAAAGCACAGGUCACAAAUCAAAACUUUACAUGGAGGGGUGGCUGUGCAGCUGCUUAUCAUUGACCAUAAUAUUCUGAGGUCUGAUCGAUGGGCAACGAGAAGAAAAAUACAAGCAAAGCAGCCGCAAAGGCGGCCAAAAAGCAGAAAGCAGAAGUCAAGACUUCCAAGAAAGAAAAGAAGAAGAUCAAAAAGACAACCGAUGCACCUCUAGAUGAUGAAGAUUUGGAGGCCAUCCUCGACAAGCUGAACCGCGAAUGGGAAGAUGCACACAAGGUCACGGAGGAACUAGUCGAGGGCCCACCUUCACGGCGCGCGAACGCGACUCUAACGCCUUGCCCAAGCGGAAACCACUUGUGGUGCAUCGGAGGUGAAUUCUUUAGCGAUGAUGGCAAGGCCUACUUUUACAACGACGUCUACCGCUACAACCCUGAUAAGGAUGAGUGGCGCAAGUUUGUGAGCCCUACUUGCCCUGGGCCUCGCAGCGCACAUGCCGUGGUCGCUUCGGCAGCUGGAGGAGGAAAGCUCUUCUUGUUCGGUGGCGAGUUUAGCUCAUUGCAUCAGAACACCUUCCAUCACUACAGGGAUUUUUGGUGCUUUGAUAUCAGCACCCAUUCGUGGGAUCGCUUGGAUACUAAGGUCAGACCCAGCGCGAGGUCAGGACAUCGAAUGGCAAUGUGGAAGCACUACAUCGUUCUAUUUGGUGGUUUUUAUGACCCAGGGUAUCGCACCCAAUAUCUAAAUGAUACCUGGGUAUUUGAUACUCAGGAGUAUAAAUGGCGACAGAUCGAAUUCAAGGAUAAUGAUCGGAAACUGUCCGCUAGGAGCGGGUUCUCCUUUCUCUCCACGCCAGAAGGAAUUGUUUUACAUGGAGGUUAUUGUAAAGAAUACACCAAGGGUAAACGUCCUGUUGGCGUAAUGCUCGACGACACCUGGUUUCUCCGCAUGUCACUCGAAACUUCACAAUCUACAUCAGUCUCCUCGGAUUCGCUCAGUUUAAAAUGGGAAAGGCGAAAGAAACCAACCUUCACGCCGCAUAUCCGGAGCGGCUGCACUAUGGCACUAUGGUCAGCCAAGGGUAUGGGCAUCCUGUUUGGCGGCGUGACAGACGACGACAGGGAUGAAGAGAGCCUCGAGAGCAUAUUUUGGAAUGAUCUCUACGGAUAUCAACUCGUUGGCAAUGGGCGUUGGCAAUCAAUGACACUCAAGAAGCAGAAAAAAUCCGGGAGAAGUGGAAAGCGAAAGCCUGCAGCUGUUCAGCAAGGAGAAUCGGAUGAAGAUGACGAUACAGUCACGACCCAAGAGGCUAAGAACACCAAGGACCCUGAUGUUGAUCCUGAUGAUCCAAUACUAACAACCCCAAUACCACGGUACAACGCCAUGUUAGCUGCACUGAGGAAUACACUAUACAUCUAUGGCGGCAUCUUUGAGCGUGGGUCAAGGGAAUACACACUUGAUGAUUUCUAUUCUAUCCAGCUCGACAAGCUCGAACGGUACACGUGCCUUAAGCACAGCGGUAUCGUUAUCCCAGUGGAGGGCGACGAGAGCAGCAGCGACGAAGAUGACGAGGGUGUAGAGAGCGACGAAGAUGGUGAUAGUGAUAAUGAAACGCGAGCAGGGGAAGAUGAUGUGGGACUAAACCUUGAAAAGCUUGAUGAUAGUCACGAUGACGAAGAAGCUGAUGAGCCUGUAGAUGUGCGACACCACGAGGUACGUGCGCAGGCGACGGCAUUCAUGGGUGUAUCCAAAGAUACAGCGCGCUCUGCGGAGGAUGUGAUUAGCACACCAGAACCGGGAGAGACACUAGCCCUGUUUUAUGCUCGAAGUCGCGAAUAUUGGACCCAGAAAGCCCACGGCGUGAGCGAUCAUCGAGGCAAACAACUCAGGAGGGAUGGCUUCAGCUUUGCAGAAGAACGGUAUGCGGAGUACAAACCUAUCCUCGAAGAAGUAGAGAAGAUCCUGGCCGAGGCAGGCCUCGAUGAGGACGAGAUGCGAGCAGGUGCUGCUCAGACUGGCGGAGGCGGAGGCAUCGUGUCAAGUCGGAACCGUCGGUGAAUAGUUGUGAACAUCACAGAUAUAUUUAGCGGAGGUGUAAGAAAGUCAUUGAAUAGUGACAGUCGGCCUAAGUCGUCCAGUGACAUAUCUUGUUCACGACGGACGCCAAGUUAGAAAUUUAACCCAGAUGAGUUUCACCUCGCACGCGUACUAACAAUGACAUUCUACAACAACUUCUGAUUUGGGGGUUGACAUGAUCUCCUCAGUAAUCUCUCUGUGUUACACUCCUAGACAUCAACCGUAAGGCACGCCUGCGGGCAAUUAUCGCAGGACCCCCUAUCCAUAGAGCAAAUCGCAAUACAAGAUUC